AGAAAACAGAUAAAGACCGCAGUUUAGUACCCCAUCGAGCGGGAAGGAGGAAAGAGUUUAUGUCACUUUGUGUAUGUGGUUCUUGGUUUUGAGAACUUUUGAUUAAAAAAAAGUUAAUAAGAUUGUCUCUUGUAAUUAACAAAAUUGUGAUAUACAUAUAAGUUUUAAAUAUUUGUGGGCAAAAUGACAGCAAAACUAAAUAAAGUGCCCUUUGAAGAUGCGUUGACGAUGACCGGCUUCAGCAAGUUCAACUACUUCGUGUUCGCGCUGUGCAGCAGCAUCAUCAUGGGGAUGUGUUUUGAAAUAUUCUCAGUGGCGUAUUUGGUGCCGGCCAGCGUCUGCGAGCUGAAUACUACCAGCUCGCAGCAGGGGCUCAUGGCUGGAACUCCGCUUAUUGGUAUAAUAGCUACUUCGCACAUAUGGGGCUAUUUAGCUGACACGCGUGGCAGAAAAAAGGUGUUGUGUUUCUCCAUGUUCCUUGGCUUCGUCACGGGAGCGAUGGCAGCACUGUCGCCCAAUUGGAUUGUGUUCAGUGUUUUGAAAUUAUGUGCUUCUAGUGCUGUAUCCGGCAGCUUUGCGUUGUCCAUUGCGCUGUUGAGCGAAUGUACUCCGGUGGCAAAGAGAAGCACCCUGAUCAUGCUAACUACUACAGUUUUUAUGUCGUGCACAGGAAUUAUGGCCGUGUUAGCGAUUCCUGUUUUGCCGCUACCUUUCUCGUACUACAUACCAGUCUUUGGUAUCCAGUUCAACUCGUGGCGUCUCCUUAGUUUGAUUUAUACCAUUCCAUGUGCUCUCAGUUCCUUCGGGCUGUUGUUUGCCUACGAAAGCCCUAAAUACUUGCUCAGUAUCGGUGAUCAGGUCAAUGCACUGAAGACGUUGAGGGAAAUAUUCGUCAUAAACAAUGGUAAAGAUGGAGACUCGUAUCCGGUGAAUUCCGUUAUUCUGGACGAAGAUAAUUUGGGGGGAAAUAUCAAAGGUUUUUGGGCUUCGAUAAAGGCACAGACGGUUCCACUGAUGAAACCACCUUUGCUGUACAAUACUUUACUUUUGGCUGCCAUAUUCCUGACAGUUUAUUUCAGCCUUAACCCCUUCAUUGUUUGGAUGCCGUACCUCGUAGAUGGCUUCAUGAGAUCUAUAGAAAUUGGAGCCGAUGGCAUGAAUUUCUGUGAGAUGAUAAAAUCCGCACAAAAUACUACCACGACAACACAGGUGACGGACAACUGUGCGUUGAAUGAAACUGCAAUGACCAUGGUUUUUGUAACUGGUAUGCUACUGGCUGUUCUCAAUACGCUGAUGAGCGUACUUAUCAACUAUUUAGGGAGAAAGAAUCUUCUCAUUGGUUUACAGCUGUUUGCUGGUGUGUCAGCGCUGUGUCUGAAUUUGAGUUACAACUGGAUUCUAAGCGCCAUCCUCUUCGUUGUGUUCAUCGCUGGGAACUUAAACUUUGGUCUACUCUCGACAUUCAGCGUUGAUCUCUUCCCUACAUAUGUCAAGGCCAUGGCUGUAUGUCUGACACUGAUGGUGGGUCGAGGCGGUGCCGUUUUAGGAAUCAAUUUGCUCAAGAAUUUGCUCGACAGUAACUGCGGAGCUGCUUUUUACAUCUUUGGAAGUGUUGCUUGCCUUGGUGGUAUCUUCGGCUUUCUACUGCCAUCGGACAAGAAAAUGUCGGACCAAAAUAAGCUAGUGUAGAAACAUAUCAAUAAAUAUUAAAGUUAUUUAUUUAUGAAGACAAUAUUAGUAAAAUAAUUAAGUAUUCUGUGAUUUCUGACUACAAAAGGAAAAGGGGAAAAGAUUGUGUUUCAUAAAAAAAAUACUUGAAUUGUGCCAAAACUCGUUAUUUUAAUUUAAAACCUAAACUACUAAUCCAAUUUUGAUAAAAUUUCUAUGGAACCAAUCUGUAAGUAUAUCUUUACUGAUAAAAAAACAA